CGCGGGCAACGCUGCUGUGGGCGCACACAGGUCGGUUCAGACCAGACGACCUGCUGCGACACGGAGGAAACUUACCACCACCAGCCCCUCAACUGACUUUUGGAUACUUUAUAGCGAAAAGCGGACCCGACUUUUUUUCUCUCUUCAUCUCUGGAAAUGAAGGAAAUAUUCACCCCAGACUGAAACGGCGAACUGUUUAGAAUAUUUCUUCAUUGAUUGAAAAAGAAAAAAAGAACAGCAAUUACUUUUUUUGUUUGCUUUUUCGACUAUCACCGGCAUUUUUCUUUUUGACACCCGGGACCAUGGCAGAUAGCAAGCAACACGUUAUUUUCUGCAACGAUUCGCCCAAACGGGUUUUGGUGUCGGUCAUCAAGACCACCCCGAUCAAACCCAGGAAAGCGGAGGCGCUGACGCCGACGAGCCCCGGGUUCAGCGACUUCAUGGUCUACCCGUGGAAGUGGGGCGAGAACGCCCACAAUGUGACCCUGAGCCCGGGCUCGGUGAGCGGGGCUGCGUCCCCUACCGGGACACAGACGGCCAGGGAAGCGGACAACGCUCUGUCCCCCGAACAGCUCAAGGAUGGCAUCCGCAGAGGCCGGCCCCGGGCCGACACGGUGCGGGAGCUGAUCAGUGAGGGGGAGACUUCAUCCAGCCGCAUUCGCUGUAACAUCUGCAACCGAGUGUUUCCCAGAGAGAAGUCUCUCCAGGCCCACAAGAGGACGCACACAGGAGAACGACCUUAUUUGUGUGACUACCCGAACUGUGGGAAGGCGUUUGUCCAGAGUGGUCAGCUGAAGACGCACCAGCGGCUGCACACUGGGGAAAAACCAUUUGUCUGCUCGGAUAAAGGCUGUGGAAAUCGCUUCACACACGCUAACCGUCACUGCCCCAAGCAUCCUUUCUCCCGUCUGAAGAGGGAGGAACCAAAGGAGGGCCAGGGGAAGGCUCAGUCAGUGGAUAACAAGGCUGUUGCAGAGUGGCUGGCCAAGUACUGGCGAACCCGCGAGCAACGGGCCCCUACAACCACCAAGGUGAAGCCGCAGGGCAAGGCGAGCGCCGAGGACCAAGAGCAGCAGGAUCCCAUGGAGUUCCUCCAGUCCGACGAAGAAAACGGGGAGGAAGAGGAGGCCAUGGAGGAGGAGAAGAGCACCCAGGGGGGCGCGGCCAAGCGCCGCCUCCAGGAGCAGCGGGAGCGUCUCCACGGCGCUCUGGCUCUCAUUGAGCUGGCCAACAACCUGUCCGCCUGAACAUACCCCAACCCACCUCCCGAUCCUGGACCCGCUCCCCCCCCCCCCUCAUAUCUCCAAACCCAAUCCGCCUUCCUGUAAUUAGUGCUGUCACUAUAUAUUGUUCGUAAUCGCAGAUCUACAGCUAGUUUAGUUUAUUCUAUCGAGUUGUGUAACCAGGCUUCAAGAAGGAGCUAAAUUGGCCUCAGAUCAGUGUUAUGUGCAGAAUCAUCUACCCCCCGCCCCCUCCCUCCCUCCCCAACACGCAGCACCAGGAAGGCACAAGCUAAAGCACCUUAUUCAGCAUCCAUUUUAUCCCUUUAGGCUGCUAUAAAUGUAGAUUUGACUAUAUGAAGAAUGUCUUCUUGUCUUCUAAAGGCAAGGAAAGAAUACCUAUUAUGUUUUAAUUUGUUUUGCACUUUGGUAACGAGUACAUUGUGAGUACAAGAGAGUGUGUAUGACUGAUGUAUAUAUGGAUAAAGCUCAGAUGGACAGGAUGAUACAGGGUGUGGUCAAACAUAGGAAGUGAGUUCCAACCGUCGAAUGGCCUCUCACCAUGUUCCCAGGUUUCAUCUCCGGCACUAUAAGCACAGCUUCGCCGCCGCUCAUGACGACAACGGCAGUGGUCGAAACGGACUGAGAAAGAUUCAAAUAGUUUUUAGCCUCACUGGUACAACUUAAAAGUUUAUUUAAGAGGUGGCGAGCAAAGGCGGAUGAGAGGAGACAAAACGUCAGGGGAGCUGGACAAGUCUGACAUAUGACAUGGGUCAUUUUUUUUGUUCUGUUGUGUUUUAUAUGUGAAUGAGAAGUGAUCAUUGCAAGCCUAAUCCAGAGUUCUGAUGAGAAACGUUUACAUCUUUGUCACUUGUUCAGUUUGUAUAUGUAACUAGAUUCGCCUGAUAGCACCAGACAGGUGUGGGUCUAUCAACUUCUGGAUUUGAUUCAUUCAAUUCAUAUUCUACAAUAGUUAAAGGUCCAGACUACCUUUUUAUUUUUUAGGACAUGCCAUAUUUCCAUUUUCAUUGUGGUUUACCUUGUUACAAGUGUGUAGGAUGAAAGUUUUCCAGUGAGCCGGGAGAUGCGCGGACGUCGGCCACCUUUUAUAUUAAAAGACGGCAGACCGGCAUCAUGGCACAGUGUGUGUGGCAAAAUCAGUCAUCUCACUUCAAAGUUUUUAAGUUAUGAGAUAUUUAUAUUUUAGUUUUCUUCUGCUGGGGAAAAAAAGGGAAAUAUUGUUAUGGAAAAAUUAUAUAUCCCAAGUUUGUAAAAGCAUCGCAAAUUAAUUCAGAAAAUGUCACAUUUUUCACGUUUUGCUGAUUUUGAUUAAGCACUUACACCCCCUAUUAAGUCUUGGAUUAAGCUUGCAAUGCACUGAAGAUAAGAUUUAUUGUAGGUGUCCAGGAAAAGUGGCAUCUGUAUUUUUUGUGAACUGAUUUGUGUAGUGCUGGGUGUUUUUUUUUCCCCCUCUUCUCCAUUUUUUUUUUUUUUUUUUUU